UAAGGGGGUUUUGUAUAGCUCUCCACGUCUAACUUCUCUUGUAGUAUCCGGACACUCGACGAAGAAGAUCCAUCUCUUCGGGCAAUCCACAGAUCCAAUUGAGGACACAAUCAGCUUUUGUCUGCUCUUAUCGUUGCUGAAGCUCUUCAAUUAUUGAGUCACGUAAGUGCGAUCUGGAUCGUCGAUACCUCGUUAAUUGGAUCUGAAUCAAGUGAUUCUUUCAUCUUUUGAUAAAUUUUUGUUCUCUGAGUGAUGAAUUUCUUGCUCCGAUCUGCUUCCUCCGCCACUCACCGCCCUCCGGUGAGCGAACCACCACCAGCUACUCCGCCUCAGCCUCCUCCUCCCGAAGCAACCAAGCCCGGAUCCACUUUGGAAGGGCUCAUAUCCGAGGAGCCUUUCCCGCAGUAUCCAUCAGUGGAUGAGGAUCAUUUGGGUGAUGGAUCUAGAGACGACCAUGGUAAUGGAGAGGCAAAUGCAAACACUGGUGGCUUUGGGAUGGAGAGGUUCUCAGAUGUGUCUGAUGAAGAAGGAUGGAUCUCUAUUCCAUAUAAAGAGAUUCCGGAUAACUGGUCUGAGUCCGUUGAUAUUGAGUCGCUACGUUCCUUGGAUCGCUCUUUCGUGUUUCCUGGGGAGCAGAUUCAGAUCCUUGCGUGCUUAUCUGAAAGCAAAGGAGACGCAGAGAUCAUCACCCCUUUUAAAGUAGCUGAGGUGAUGAGCAGAGCUGUACAGAGAAAGCUCUCUGACAAUGGGACGAGUACACCGUCAGGAGAUGGAGAAACAAGCCCUGAUGGUCAGUUUGCAGCUCAGAACGGUGACAGUCCUGGGAAAGAGAGUUCGGAUUCGCAAAAGGAUGUAUCUGAUGGCGAAUCGAUCUUGAGGAUGGAAGAUCAUCAGAGAAGAACAGAGGACUUGCUUUCAAAGUUUCAGAAGUCUCAUUUCUUCGUUAGGAUUGCAGAGUCCGGCGAGCCGCUUUGGUCAAAGAAAAGCUCUCUGGUGGGAGAUAGAGAGUUAGACAAGAAGAGACCUUGUGUUAGUGCUUUUGUAGAUAGAGGAGAGUUCGAUCCUAAUGUUGCUGGAGGUGUAGCUAGAAGUAAGGCUAAAUGCAUUGCCUUACCCAAUGGAGACAUAGUGGUCUCUUUACAAGUUUAUAUCGUUGACUGUCCCAAAGAGCCCAUCAUUGAGAUACUUCAGUUUGAGAAGCAUCAGGACGGUAAAGAUAGUGACUCGUAUGGGAACCUUUUGAAGUGGUUGAUACCGUUGGACAACACUAUCUCUCAGCAACCACGUUCUUUACCACCUCCUGUAAGCUCAUCCACCCCAGGAGGUAUCAGCAGCAGCAAUGCACACAAGACAUCACUCUCUUCCGGCUCAGGGUCUCAGCUCUUCUCAUUCGGCCAUUUUAGAAGCUACUCCAUGUCAGCUCUCCCGGCGCCAAACACUGCACCGGUUACUGGACCCGUGAAAACUCAAAGCUCCAAACCAUCGUUUGAUCUUGAAGAUUGGGAUAGUUACUCAGGUCAGACACUAAGGAAGUCUGGGACUGAAGAGCUUUUAUCUUUCCGGGGCGUCCCUUUGGAGAGAGAUAGAUUCUCUGUUCGUUGUGGACUUGAAGGCAUCUGCAUUCCUGGGAGAAGAUGGAGGAGGAAACUUGAAAUCAUUCAACCUAUUGAUAUUAAUUCUUUUGCUGCUGAUUGUAAUACAGAUGAUCUUCUCUGCGUUCAGAUAAAGAAUGUUGCUCCUACACACACUCCAGAUAUUGUUAUAUACAUAGACGCUAUAACAAUUGUUUUUGAAGAGGCAGGGAAGAGUGCUUCCCCUUCUUCGGUACCAAUUGCUUGUAUUGAAGCUGGUAACGAGCACAGUUUGCCCAAUUUAACUCUCAGGAAAGGGGAGGAGCAUUCGUUCAUUGUGAAACCUGCUUUCUCUGUUGGGAGUAAUCUGAAGCCUUCUGCUGCGAGGAAAGAACUCAAGUCAUCGAGUUUGUCUCUUCCUUCUGUAAAUUUUGAAAGACUAGGGAGCGGUUUAAGUGGUGAUCAUUAUGCGGUGAUGGUGUCAUGUCGGUGCAACUACACAGAAUCAAGGCUGUUUUUCAAACAACGGACAAAGUGGAGACCGAGAGUUUCUAGGGACCUGAUGAUCUCUGUUGCGUCUGAAAUGUCAGGAGAGCCUUGUGGCCCUCAUGGGAGAGCCUCACAGCUACCUGUUCAGAUUUUGACACUUCAAGCAUCUAAUUUGACAACUGAAGAUCUGUCUUUAACGGUUCUAGCUCCAGCAUCCUUCACAUCACCUCCCUCUGUGGUGUCCCUAAACUCCACGCCUACCUCCCCUAUAAGCCCAUUCCUAGGAUUCUCCGAGUUCACAGAGAGGGUACAAACCGAAAAACGCAACACAACGACGCGUAAAGUGCAGUCGUUACCUUCAUUUCCGCUGGAGACAAGGACAGAGGCAGCAACUAAUGAUGAAAUGAAUCCUUCUUCAGAUGUUGUUCCAAAGAGCGGCUUGGGUUGUACACAUCUCUGGCUACAAAGUCGAGUUCCCUUGGGAUGUGUUCCUUCGAAAUCUACAGCAACAAUCAAGCUAGAGUUACUUCCUUUGACUGACGGCAUAAUCACUCUGGAUACUCUCCAAAUCCACGUCAAGGAGAAAGGUCGUAGGUACAUUCCAGAGCAGUCACUGAAGAUAAACGCUACGUCAAGCAUUUCCUCUGGGAUCUUCUAGCCUCACCCAAAACCAUUUUUUUUUUGCCUUUAUUAGAGCCAAAAAGAGUCACCAAACACUGAGCAGUCUUUGUUUCACAGGUCCAUCUUCACCUCAAUAGGCUAUUGACUUUUGGUUUCAAGGUUUGAAAGAAAGUUAUGUUGUAAAACCACUCUGGAUCCUAUUUAUUUUGAACAUGUGUUUGCAUUUCUUUGACCUUCUUUUGUUUGCAAUUGAAUUGUUCUGUUAAAACUUGCAUAGAGACGACCUUUGUUAUCGAAUUAUAUAUUUGUUAAUUACUUA